GUGAUACGUAGCCGCUUGUAUAUACGUAGUGAAGGAUCAUCGGAGAUACGAUGAUGUCUCUUUGAUUUUCGAUGAACUACGAAGACCGCCUUUCGCUCGCUCGUCGGAAUAAUUCGGAAUAAGUCGUUGAUUCUUUUGAAAUAUAUAUCCAAUAAUGCUGCGUCGGUUGCGUAUUAAAGCUUUAGCUGCUGUGCCAGUUCGAAAAAAGCCUACGCAGAAUUCAGCGGAUUCUGAAACUGACAAUGAUGUUGAUAAGGAAAAGAAUGAAGAAAACAUAUCUAAUAUCAAUGAGAUAGAGCAAGAAAUUACCAAAGAUGUUACACAAGUAAAAGAACAGAAAGAGAAAGAUGUGAUUAAGACUGAUACAUUCGAACAAAAAAAACGAAAAGAAAAAGAUAUAUCCACUAUUGAUAUAUCAGAACAAGAAAAACUGAAAAAGAAAGAUAUAUCUUGUAUUGAUAUACUAGAACAAAAAGCUGCCAAAGAUAUUGAAAAGGUCAAAGAGGAAACUAAGAAGAAACAAGACAAAGUCAAUUUAAGAGAAUCAGUUAUAGUUAAACUAAAUUCCCAAGAAUUAUGUUCUCCAAUUAAAUCAUAUUCUCAAGAGUUACAUGCUCAGGCAAAGCCAAAUUCUCAAAAAUUUCCAUCUGCACUAAAAUCAGAUACUCAAGAGUUACAUGCUCAGGCAAAGCUAAACUCUCAAAAAUCUUCAUCUCCACCAAAACCAGAUUUUCAAGAGUUACAUGCUCAAACAAAACUAAAUUCUCAAGAAUUACAUGCUCAGAUAAAGCCAAACUCUCAAGAGUUACAUGUUCAGACAAAGCCAAACUCUCAAGAAUUACAUGUUCAGGCAAAGCCAGAUUCUCAAGAGUUACAUGUUCAGGCAAAGUCAAACUCUCAAGAAUCUCCAUCUACUGGAUUCAAAGUUACUGAUCAAUCAAUUCAAAAAAAUAUUCUGCCAUCAGAUGUGUCUAUAGUAACAGAUAUUGUCUCUCCUACAAAGAUAAUACAGAAUCGUCCAUGUUUUAUGAGACCUACACCAAGAUUGGACAGUAGUGGUAGAAUAAGAAAGAACAGUAUACAAGGAAGUGGUGCGAGCGCAAGUGAAUCCGAGGAUGAACACAGCAAGAGAGUCGCAUCCGUCGUGCCGAACCGCGUACGAAAUGAUUCUGUGUGCUCUGUACAAAGUAAUAAAGAAAUUAAUAUUAAUGACAAUCAAAACAGUCCUCAGAAAAUUAAAAUAGCGCAGAAAAGACGUACGUUAGUUUCGGAAUCUGCGAGAAAGCUGGCCGAAGCUAGAAGGGAAUUUUUACUAAAACACGAAAAUAGAGCACCUGAUAGAAGUCAGUUGAAAAUGUACGACUUGAUAUAUUAUAAUCCAGUGACAAAUCCUAUGAAAAAGUUGUCAGCUGAACGUAGAGCUGAAUCAGUAACUACACCACAACCAAUGGAAAUACCAGAAGAGGAAGACGAAGAUGAUCCAUCGGCAAUGCCCACGCCGCAAGUGAAAGUGGGUCCCGAUGGUCAGUUGAUAAUAGAUGAACAAAGCCUUGUGAUAGAGCAGACAGAUGUAAGAAGAGAUGAAGAAAUGUUGACGAAUAAUGUUACUAUUGAAGAUGAUAAUUUCCAUAGUGGCGGUUUCUAUAAAAGGCAUAAGAGGAGCAAGGAGUGGCCGAAAUGGGAAACAUUUAAAUUUUAUAGAGUUUUAAAUGUAGUAGGUACGGAUUUUCUAUUGAUGCAGACACUCUUUCCAAAUAGAAGUAGACAAGAAAUUAAACAGAAAUAUAAGAAGGAGGAAAGGGUUAACCAACAAUUAGUUGAAAAAGCUCUCAAAUAUCAUCGAGAAUUUGAUACUGAUAUGCUACAAGAGCAACUAGAAAUGCUACAAAAUCUGGAAAAUAUACAAAACACAAACAAAAAAGUACCGGAGAAAUCUAAGAGUGAACAAUCCUUGAGCAGAAAUCAAAGAAAACGCAAGCGUCGAUUAGUAGCGGAAAGUAUUGGAGAAUGUGGAUCACUACCCAACGAUCUAGAAACUGAAGAUACUAUAGUGUCGAUGACAAACGAUGAAAUCGAUAUAGAAAUUUGUAGUGAUACAAAUAACGUUCCGCAACAAAUGGCAAAGAAAAAAGCGCGGAGAUCGAAAAAGCGUUCGGACAACAAAUUCGAUGAUUAUAGCUCUUGUACAGAUGCUGAUUCGGACAGCUCUGAGGAAGUUUAUCAACUCAGACCGACUAGAUCUGGCAGAUUGUCAAAAAAAAUAAGGAAGUUACAAGCGCCUGACUUAACUACACGUAACAGUAAUAAUAUAGAAAAAGAAUUACCAGCAGACAACAAGAUACCCUCACAUGUAGCUGUGGAAAUUACAGAGUAUGUAAAUACACAAAUCACGAAUAGCGAAAACACGGAAACAUCUUGUUCCGAUAAUAUUAUGUCGAUGAUACCAAAUAUUAAUCAAAUGGAACCAGGAGCCUUAGUAAUCGUCUCGAAAGAAUCCGCAGAGAAUCCUGGAAAUACUAUUUUACAAGUUUAUAUGGUUGCCUCCAAUGACUCUAAUACAACAGUUACAUCUAGCAUGGCGUCUAAGAAUCAGCUAUCGGAGCCAUCUUUGACCAAUCAACCAGAAAAUAUCGAACCGAUUGAUAUUGUGGACGAUUCUGAAAAAUGA